AGAAAAGUAUUCUAGAAACGCGUGGAAAAAUGCCAAAAAUUCCGCGACGCAACAACGAUGCGAGUUCGUUGUCCAGCUCGCACGUCUAUGCUGGGAGCCGCGGAGAAUUUUCGCCUCCUCCCUCUCGAAUUCCAUGGAUGAAAUGGCAAGAGAUAAUAGAGGACGAAUGUGUCAGCCAUAUCAUUGGCUCCAUACGCGAAGAAAUAAUCCGAUCGGCCGAGGAUGCGAUUUACGAAGGUUAUUUGCGGAGAAAGGUCUAUGGUUUCGUUGUUAAUUGCGCUCACGAGGCUUGGAUGCGCGCGUUUCAGUGGGCGCAUCUGCCAUACGACGAUGAAGGAAUACCAGACGAUUGGUCACCGGAUGAUGAGACACCCUCACCGGUUGCUAAGAGUGCUCGAGUAUCGCGAGUCCCAACGAUAUACGGACGAUACGAAAAAUUAAUUACAAUUCAAAAAUCGUCGAGUUAUUGCAAGGCCCCUUGCGCGAAAGGUGCAUCGCGCCGUAAAAACGAACGGAUUAAGUAACACAAAGAUCGGUACGGAUCCGUAAUUAAUAACUGUGUGAUAUUUUAAUUAAAAGAGAAAAUAGAUUUACAUAGAGAUUUUACGAUUACAAUAUACGUAUUCUGUUGCUAAAAAGAGAUAAAUUCAAUCCAGAGAAGCGCUUGUAUUUUUUUUAUAUAUAGUUUGUAGAAAAUCAUCGGUUUGAGCAAUAAAGUAGAAAUAGUAAUGAAAAGUAACGGAAAUGCCAAUAAACUGCUCGCAACUAUUUUGUAAGUAAUAAAUAAGAUGUAUAUGCAUAUAAUUAUUUAUUUAUUAUAAACGAUAUUAUAACUUUGAAUUAUAAAUUAUUGUAAUCAUGAGAGAGAUAAUGGCUUCAAAAUAUUUAAUAUCUAGCGCAUAAUUCACGACGCAAAAUAACAAAUUAUGAAAUGAAAUCAUGAGAAUUGUCAUAACGAAACAAAUGUUGAAAAUAGUUUAUGCAAAUCGCAAUUGCGCUCACGCGAAAUGAUAAAGGCUCCCAUGUUUUUCGCAAUUCCCAACACUUUCCCGAACAUUGUUGCAUGCGAUUACUCAUGCGAAUGUAAAAGUAAUAAU